CGCACUUCGCCGACUACUUGCUGUACAAGCCGAGCCCGCCCGCCGACUACCCUAGUGAAGGUGUGACUACCAUGACUACCUACUCCCGACAGCGGUGUGCCAGCAGCUGCUGACAGCCGGCUACAUGGAGUGCAGCACGGAGCUGCCGCACUUCGCCGACUACGCGCUGUACAAGCCGAGCCCGCCCGCCGACUACCCUAGUGAAGCGGAGUCAGAAGAACGCACCCGUCUCACCGAGAGCGUGUCGUCGUACUGCCUCGACCUCAACCUGGGGGAGAGCUCGGCCAGGCUCACCAGGACGCAGAAAACUGAAACUAAGCCAUCCGCGUCACCGACCAGUGAAGAAGAAAACCCGAUUUUAGAUGAAGCCGAAGGUUCCCCCGAAGCGACAAACAUCAACCCCUUGCUCUCGACCCUCGGCUCGGAACACCUGGUGCUGCUAGCACGGCAGUGCCUCGCGCGCGCGGGGCUGGCGGCCGCGUGGCUGCCCGUGCUGUGCCCGCUGUGCCGCCGCGCCGCCGACACCAUCGUGCCCGACGUGUUCAGCAACGACAUAGACAUCCGCAACUACGUGCAAGUGAAGCGGCUGCCGGGCGGCGUCGCCGGCGACAGUCGCGUGCUGCCCGGCGUCGUCACCGGCAAGAACGUCGCUCACAGGGGCAUGCCACAAGAGAUAGCCAACCCGUCGAUAUUGCUUCUGGACUGUUCUAUAGCGUACCAGAGAGUUGAAGGAAAACUCACCAGUUUAGAACCGGUGCUGUUACAGGAGAAAGAGUACCUCCUCCGUUGCGCGGCGCGGAUCACCGCUCUCCGUCCGAAGGUGGUGCUGGUGAGAGGGACGGCCGCGCGGGCCGUGCAGGAUGUCUUGAGGAAUGAGGGUGUAGCGCUAGCCACGUGCGUGCGCGAGCGUGCGCUCGCGCGCACAGCGCGGUGCACGGGCGCGGACAUCGCGACCAGCAUCGACGCGCGCAUCGUGCGCCCUCGCUUGGGGACCUGCCGGUCGUUCCGGGUUGAGACACGUUAG